UUCAGAUAUUUGCUGAUGGUGUUGACACUUAAAUUCCGGUUUUUCUUUGCAAUUGUUUGCAUAAAAACCAAAUCAACCUUACAAUUCCCAGCGCCAUGAUAUCGUCUUCCGCCAUUACUUAUAUUUUGCUUCAUACAGUCCCUCACCAUUGCCUUGUGCUAUUCUAACCAGUGAAUUAAAAUACUUUAGUACAUUUCCCAUUUACUUUAUCACCUUUAAUAGCCUAUUUUGUUACUCUAAUGCUGAUGAUUUUCCAUUACAUUUCAUCGUCGCCUCCAUACACACACGCACACCUUCUCUCUGCAAUCAUUCAAAAUUAUUAUUUUAUUAUCAACCAAAUAUCCAACAGCAUCUAAAAAACAUAAACCCCGGCAGUAUGUCUCACCCGAUCUUUUUCUCAACUACCACCCACUCACCAAGAGCCCCCCUAACAGCAAGCUUGAGCAUAAGCAACCUGUCAUCCGCACCAGCAGCGUCCACCCAGCCACUUUCCCUUACACUGACCCGCAGCCAAUACGCAACCGAAUGCGGCGGCGUUCUCAUUGACCCCGGCACAAAUGAGGUCUGCCUGCUCUUCUACCCAGACACCUCUGAAUGGCGCCUGCCCAUGGGCCGGCCCAAUACAAUGGCCACAGAAAACUGCACAAGCAAUUACGCGAUAUACACGCCACCGGAGCAGUCCGUCGCUGGCUGCGAGCCACUGCCACAUGCAGCGCAGAGGCUGAUAUCAGCUAUCACCGGGUACAGGUGCUCUCACCUGCACCCUACCGUCUUGGCACAUGCGGCUAUCCCUUGUGCCUAUAUGGGCCCGCAGAUGGUUGAGCCACUAACUUUGCAGAUUGAGCAGCGCAUCCAGGCUAUUCAUGUUUGCCCAUCUAUGAGUAUGAGCUCUCGCGUGCUGUCGGGUCGUCAGAGUUUUACAGCAAUUCCCGGGCGAGUGUCUGGUUCAGCUGCCAUUCCAAACUUGGUUGAAUCAGCGGCCAGCUCUGAUGGAUUUCACGGCCGCUGCAUUAUUUCGCCACUGCCGCCGCAGCCACUGCGUCUGCAGGCGAGCGAAUUUACUGAAAAUACAACCAUUCCGGUGGAAGACACUCCAAUGGCCUCCGCCAAAGUAAAUUUAGAUUCCGGACACUAUUUGCGCCAAGGCUCCUGCCAGUACGUCAUGUCGUACUACUACAUGGCCUGGAUAACCCAAAGUCGUUUUGAGCCAAAGCAAUCUGCACUGCCCGUGGGCCUCGCGAUCGACAUGCCCAAUGGUAACUUAGAUUCAACCAACACAAGUCUGUCGAGCAUAGUCCACAACCAGUGCGAGGUUGCAUGGUUCAAGAUAGACACCGCCGCCCAGAUGCUUUCACAUAACUCGGACAGAAUUGCGCUGCAGGAGGCUAUCCACCGGAUUUCUCGCUUUGGUGAUCCCAAGCUGCCGUUCUCGUACUCAGCUGCCGUAAUUCUUGCCAACACUGUGCAGCAACAGCAGCAGCUGCUCCUAGGCCCAAAAUCACGCAAAAACAGUACACCAAAGUCUGCCGGCUUCUGCCCUCACUGCAAUGCAACUGCAAGAAGUCCGACGACAAUGCCUGUUGUGGCGCUGCCUCUAAAAUUUCCAUUGCCAGCACCAGUGCCAGUGCCAACAAGCUUGAUAAAACCAGCUCAACCAGGUAUUACCAGUCCGAUUGACUCUGAGUCUGUGUCACUUGCAUCAUCAUCUUCAUCAUUGUUGUCGUCAGCUGAAUUAUCAUUGUCGGAAAAUGCCACCAACAUAAAUAAUGCCAUUGGAAUCCCCACAGCACGCAACAUAGAUAUUAUUCGCAGAGCAACAUUAUCACUGGGCAGGCGCGGCGGCAUGCUUGUAAAGGCCGUAAAACGUGGUAAAUCGACAAUAUUGAAGCCUGGCAGCGAUACUGAGGUCAUUUUAUUGCCCGGCGUUGCUGCAACUACACUAACACCUCAGAGCGGCAAAUCCAAGGGCAAGUCUAGUGUUCCGCGCUUUUUCUCUAUUUUUAACAAAUAUCUCGGCUCUAGCGCCUGAAAAAUAUUAAAAAUU